AUGCCUCCUCCUGAAGACCCUGCCGUUGUCGAAAUGAGCCAUGAGAUUGUUGACACUCUCCAUGGGAUUUUCGGCUCUCACCCAGGCAAGAGACCAGCGCAUGCCAAGGGAAUUCUCAUCCACGGAACUUUUGACCCCACUUACGAGGCCUCGAGGCUUUCAACUGCGCCUCACUUCAAUCAGAUCUGUAUUCCCGUUAUUGCUCGGCUCUCCAGCAGCACAGGACUCCCUGACCUGUCGGAUACAGACCCAAACGGUAAUCCCAGAGGCCUGGCUCUAAGAUUCAUGCUGGAAGAAUCACCCCAACACGUGCACACAGACAUCAUCACUCAUUCCACGCCCUUCUUCCCCGCCAGCAACGGUCCAAAAACACUAGCCUUCAUCCAGGCAGUUGCGUCGGGCACUCUCAGCUACUUCUUACCUACACACUCAGCGGCACAAACGUUUGCCCAGGCCAGAAAACCCUUCCCUGAGAGCUUCGCGACAGAAAAUACUUCGAAGUUAAUACUUUCGUUCUUGUUUCGACCGGGGGCGAACGCACGUUGGUCGUUAUCGCCGGAGACCGGGCUAGUUACCCGUCUGCAAAAAGGGAUGGUUACCUUUGAGCUUUUCACCCAGAUGGCACAGCAUGGAGAUGUCACAGAUGAUUGCACCGUGCUCUGGCCCGAAAGUCGUCCUGAGGUCAAGUUGGGCCAAGUUCACUUGCAUUCUGUCAUGGAGGAUAAUGAGACUGAGCAGAAGAGAAUCAUCUUUGAUUCGGUGCCUAGAGUAGAAGGUAUUGAGCCAUCGGGGGAUCCGUUGAUUGAUACUCGUGCGGCUGCGUACCUGAUCAGUGGUAGAGAGCGACAUGCAGCUUAA